CUCCCCAGUGGGACUAUGUCUGUGCAGAGCCCCCAGAGGAGGCUGCUAGGCUCCCUUAACUCCAUACCCCCAGCCACCCCUCCGCUGAGGCCGCCUACCAACCAGACGGGGCCCCAGUGCCUGGAGGUGUCCGUUCCCGACGGGCUCUUCCUCAGCCUGGGGCUGGUGAGUGUGCUGGAGAACGUGCUGGUGGUGGCCACCAUCGCCAAGAACCGCAACCUACACUCGCCCAUGUAUUACUUCAUCUGCUGCCUGGCCGUGUCCGACCUGCUGGUGAGCGUGAGCAACGUGCUGGAGAUGGCUGUGCUGCUGCUGCUGGAGGCGGGCGCCCUGGCCGCCCGGGCCACCGUGGUGCAGCAGCUGGACGACGCCAUUGAUGUGCUCGUGUGCGGCGCCAUGGUGUCCAGCCUCUGCUUCCUGGGCGCCAUCGCUGUGGACCGCUACAUCUCCAUCUUCUACGCACUACGCUACCACAGCAUCGUCACGCUGGCCCGCGCCUGGCGCGCCAUCUCCGCCAUCUGGCUGGCCAGCAUCCUCUCUGGCGCGCUCUUCAUCGCCUACGACAACCACGUGGCUGUGCUGCUUUGCCUCGUCAGCUUCCUCGUGGCCAUGCUGGUGCUCAUGGUGGGGCUGUACGUGCACAUGCUAGCCCGGGCCUGUCAGCACGCCCGCCUCAUCGCUCGGCUGCACAAGAGGCAGCGCCCUGCCCGCCAGGGCUUCAGCCUCAAGGGCACCGCCACGCUCACUGUCCUGCUGGGCAUCUUCUUCCUCUGCUGGGGCCCCUUCUUCCUGCACCUCUCCCUCAUGGUCCUCUGCCCUCAACACCCCGUCUGUGGCUGCGUCUUCAAGAACUUCAACCUCUUCCUCACCCUCAUCAUCUGCAACUCCAUCGUCGAUCCCCUCAUCUAUGCCUUCCGCAGUCAGGAGCUCCGAAAGACAUUGCAGGAGGUGGUGCUGUGCUCCCGGGUACUGAGCCUACAGCUGACCCCCUUCCUGAUGCAGGUUCGGCGGUGGCAAGGACCCCGGUGGCGGCGGGCGGAGACGGCGGGCGGAGCGCCGCAGCGCACCGCCGAGCCGAGCCGAACCGGGAUGCGCGAGCGGGCGGCGGGGGCGGCCGACCCUCCGCAGCCAGCCCCGGCCCGUCCGCGCGUGUCCCGCAGCCGCCCGCCACACGCACCGAGCAUGAGGGAGAUCGUGCACAUCCAGGCCGGCCAGUGCGGCAACCAGAUCGGGGCCAAGUUCUGGGAGGUCAUCAGUGACGAGCACGGGAUAGACCCCAGCGGCAACUAUGUGGGGGACUCGGACCUCCAGCUGGAGCGCAUCAGCGUCUACUACAACGAGGCCUCUUCUCAUAAGUAUGUGCCUCGGGCCAUUCUGGUGGACCUUGAGCCCGGAACCAUGGACAGCGUCCGGUCUGGUGCCUUUGGACACCUUUUCAGGCCUGACAACUUCAUCUUCGGUCAGAGUGGAGCCGGCAACAACUGGGCCAAGGGCCACUACACGGAAGGCGCUGAGCUGGUGGACUCCGUCCUGGACGUGGUGCGGAAGGAGUGUGAGAAUUGCGACUGCCUGCAGGGCUUCCAGCUGACCCACUCGCUGGGCGGGGGUACAGGCUCCGGCAUGGGCACGCUGCUCAUCAGCAAGGUGCGGGAGGAGUACCCGGACCGCAUCAUGAACACCUUCAGCGUGGUGCCUUCGCCCAAGGUGUCGGACACGGUGGUGGAGCCCUACAACGCCACCCUGUCCAUCCACCAGCUGGUGGAGAACACGGACGAGACCUACUGCAUCGACAACGAGGCCCUGUACGACAUCUGCUUCCGCACCCUCAAGCUGGCCACGCCCACCUACGGCGACCUCAACCACCUGGUGUCGGCCACCAUGAGCGGCGUCACCACCUCCCUCCGCUUCCCGGGCCAGCUCAACGCCGACCUGCGCAAGCUGGCCGUGAACAUGGUGCCCUUCCCCCGCCUGCACUUCUUCAUGCCUGGCUUCGCGCCGCUCACUGCCCGCGGCAGCCAGCAGUACCGCGCGCUCACGGUGCCCGAGCUCACGCAGCAGAUGUUCGACGCCAAGAACAUGAUGGCCGCCUGCGACCCGCGCCACGGCCGCUACCUGACCGUGGCCACCGUCUUCCGUGGCCGCAUGUCCAUGAAGGAGGUGGACGAGCAGAUGCUGGCCAUCCAGAGCAAGAACAGCAGCUACUUCGUGGAGUGGAUCCCCAACAACGUGAAGGUGGCCGUGUGCGACAUCCCGCCCCGGGGGCUCAAGAUGUCCUCCACCUUCAUCGGCAACAGCACGGCCAUCCAGGAGCUGUUCAAGCGCAUCUCGGAGCAGUUCACCGCCAUGUUCCGGCGCAAGGCCUUCCUGCACUGGUACACGGGCGAGGGCAUGGACGAGAUGGAGUUCACCGAGGCCGAGAGCAACAUGAACGACCUGGUGUCCGAGUACCAGCAGUACCAGGACGCCACGGCCGAGGAGGAGGGCGAGAUGUACGAAGACGACGAGGAGGAGUCUGAGGCUCAGGGCCCCAAAUGAGGCGGCUAGAGGGCCGGAGCCAGGCUGCGGCUGUGGCCCCAGAGGCCUGACCCCAGAGCCAUGUCGCCAUUAACACCACCCCAGCCUCGCCCCCGCCAGCUCCGGCCGCGGCACCCUAGGGUUC